GCCCCGCUCCGCUGCCUGCCGGGACGCGUAGUCCCGCGGCCCCGCCGCUCCCGGCCCGCUGCAGCCUGGCUGUGUCCUGCAUCCUGCACGGGCUCCUGGGGGCUGCCACUCCAACCCGCUCCCUGCAGGUGCCCGCUGUGCCCGGCGCUGCCCGCUGACCCCGCAGAGCCCCCACAGGCCAUGGAGGGAGAGCCCACCCUGCGCCUCCGAAUCUUCGACCUCAACUGCUGGGCCAUCCGCUACCUGAGCAAGCGGCGGCGGGAGCGGGUGCGGCUCAUCGGGGACACGCUGCGCCAGCAGGGCUUUGACCUGGUGCUGCUCCAGGAGGUGUGGAGCGAGCAGGACUACAGUGACCUGAAGGUGAAACUAGCAGGCUGUUACCCCUUCUCCCACUACUUCCGCAGUGGGGUGAUUGGCAGUGGCCUCUGCGUCUUCUCCAGGUUCCCCAUCCUGGACACGCUCCUCUACCAGUACUCACUGAAUGGGUACCCCUACAUGCUCCAGCACGGGGACUGGUUCUGUGGCAAGUCUGUCGGUCUUGUCAUUAUGAAGAUCUCAGGGAUCAUCUUCAACGUCUAUGUCACCCAUCUGCACGCCGAGUACUGCCGGGACAAGGACGCCUACCUGCCCCACCGCCUGGUGCAGGCCUGGGAGCUGGCACAGUUCAUCCGACACACCUCAAAGGCAGCAGACGUGGUGCUGCUGGGAGGGGACCUGAACAUGCACCCUGAAGAUGUGGGCAUCCGGCUGCUGCGGGGCUGCACGGGGCUGCGGGACGCCUUUGCUGAGGCCACGCACUUUGAGGGCUGUAAGAACGGCUGCACCCUUGUCCCUGACAACUGCUUCACUGACAAGUCAGAGCUGCUGCCCUUCCCGCUGGGCAUCCGCAUUGACUACAUCCUCUACAAGGCCAUCUCCAGCUUCACGGUGAAGUGUGAAGAGCUGAGGACCACCACGGGGCCAGCCCCAGGCACGGACAUCCCCUUCUCAGACCACGAAGCCGUGAUGGCAACACUGCACGUCCAGAGGCAGGGACAGCCUGCGUGUGCCACCCUUGGCACAGCUGACCUGGCACUGGCAGAUGUGGUGACAGAGGCACGGGCGGAGGUGGCCGUGGGGCUGCGGGCGGCGCAGCGGCAGCGCUACUCCUCGGGCAGGAUGGCCGUGCUGGCCCUGCUGCUGCUGCUGCUCCAGGCCGUGGCUGCACUGGGCACGCUGGCCGGACUGGGCACAGAGCAGCCCUUCCCCAAGCUCUCCUUCUGCCUGCUGGCCUUCCUCGCCCUCGGCGUCCUCGUCCUCACCACCGGCCUCCACCUGUUCCACACCAUGGAGGUGAAGAUGCUGCACGGCACCGAGGACCAGAUGUGGAUGGCACUGCGGGCCCUGCAGGAGCGUCCCAGCGAAGGCUGAGCCGAGCCUGGGGGUGUCACACAAUGUCCCCUUGGCCCCGUCAUGUCCCCUUUUUCAUCCUUGUUUUUAACUGACUUCACGUUUUAGGCGAGCAGCACUGCAGCCAAUGCAGUAGUGCAGCUUUGACAGCUGCCUCUGGGUGAAAUCAAGAUUUUUGGGGUAGAUUAAUUGCAUUGACCCCAGUGAGAACCAUGAUGGAGGCAGGUUUUUAUUGCUGUCUUUUUAAAUACAUCCUUUUGUACAUGGAGAGACCCACUGGCCUGGCUGGAAGGCUUGAGAUGCUGCGGCUCCCCUUGCCUGGGGUGGCCUCAGAGUUUACACUGGUGGCUGUUCUGGCAACCAGUCCUGACUGAUGGAAAAUAAAGGCAGUAUUUUAACCUU